UUGAACGUGAAAGUUCUGUUUACGAAGAUGAACGAAGUAUCGUCAAACAAUAGUCACUUGCUGCAUCCCUUGAAAGACCCGGCGGCUUCCAUUGGUCUACUUGCGGCUAAGGUAGCAUACUACAACUUUGAAUGGCGUUUCGUGACCGUCGUCAUGUACUUCUCUUUAAAGGCCAUAGGAUUGACCACGUUUUUGCAGCAUUACGAAAAGCCAGUGGUUCUCAAGCUUGGCGAGUUUAAGGCUAGUCGACGUCUUGAAGUCCCUCAAAUAGUAAUAUUUGGAAAAGAUCACGUUGAAAUUUCGAAAUCCCUUGACUUCCUCGUAAACCUUAAAUAUGACACCAAUGCUAAAUAUCUUAUUGUUUGCACACCAGUCAGAAUAGAGUGUGAUGAGAACUAUAUAUUUAAAGCCAUUCAAAAACAUCUGAUCCCAAACGUUAUAGUUUUAAAAUCCACCCUAUACACUACAGAAUUAUUAAGUUUUACGUAUCGAAUCGCUGUACCAGGAAAGUGCAUAAAUAAUACUCCUUUUACAAUUAAUUUAGACAAGGAUUGUAUUAACAAUACGUGCUUCAGAAAUCUUUUUAAAAAUUAUUUAAGAAAUUUUUAUCGUUGCCGAAUCAGAAUAUCGACCGUGGAACAACCUCCAUUUAUGUAUUUAUAUAAUGGUACUAGAGAACCCUCCGGGAUUGACGGUGAGAUCAUGGCGUUGGUAGCGAACUUAUUAAACGGAACUUUAUGUCUUCAAACACCACAGGAUGGCAGUUACGGCGGCCAUUAUAUCAACAAUAACUGGACAGGCUCUUUGGGUGAUAUAUACAACGGUCGAACCCAAGCUUCAGCAAGUGCUUCACCUCUAACUGUCCUUAAAUACGAACAUUUUGAAAUAUCUUAUACGUAUUAUUCUAUGGACAUCGUGUGGGUCACUAAGCUGCCAGCACAAAGAUCUUCUUGGGAAAAACUUGUGCGCCCCUUGAACCCUUACCUUCAAGUGUCAUUAGUAUUCAUGUUUAUUGGUAUUAUCUUUAUGAAUGCAAUGUGCAAAACUAGCAUGUGUCGCAACAUUGGAAAAUCUUUUGAAAUGGAGCCGCCGAAAUAUAGCUUGUGUUUUUAUUCAUGGAUCUUGUUCCUCGGCUUGCCCAUACUUAGAGAGCCUGCCAACAGAAGUUACCUGAUAACAGUUUACACCUGGAUAUGGUUUUGCUUUCUCAUUCGGUGCGCCUAUCAAGUUGCUCUCAUACAUUCCUUGAAACAGCCGACUUACAGGCGUAACAUACAAAACUUUGAUGAAGUUCUGCGUAGUGGUUUGCCGUUCGGUGGACAACAAUCAUUGAAAGAAUAUUUUACUGAGGAUCCUGAAAUAUAUAGUAACUGGGAAGUGAUUCCUUCUGAACAUUUAUACGCGACCCUCGACGACUUAUUGGAAGGUAAAUCGGACUAUGUCUUAGCUACAAACAAGGAAGUGAUGAAACGGUACCUGGUAAAAUUCAGGGGUCAGAAGAAACUGCAAAUAAUCCCGAAUAAAAUUGUAAAUAGUCCCUUGGUUAUAUAUUUUAAAAAGUAUUCUCCCCUUUCGCAUCCAAUAAAUGAUAUGCUGCGAGUUGCUUUCGAAGGAGGUUUCGUGCAUCGGGCGUUUGAAAAGUACGUGGAUAAACAUACAAUUUUGUGGAAGAGAAAGAGUUACGAAGUCGAACCUCUUAAUAUGGAUCAUUUUGCUGGUAUCUUCUUUUUAUUGCUUGCGGGGAUGGUUUUAUCAUGCACUUACUUUAUUGUGGAAAUGAUAUGUGGUAAUCUUAAAGACGAAUAAGCACUUUUCGUUUUAAAUUAUGUAUAUUGUUGGUACAUUCGUUUCGAGAUAGGUGUUAUAAAAUGUUAGACUUAAUCACGUUUCAAAUUAAUGCAAGAUAGUUAUGAAAUACAAAUGUUAUGCAAACUUUAACAUCGUUUCUAUUGUUUUUAUUUCAGUAACCCCUUGUGUCCUCUCCACUUACUUAGAAUACAUUUUUACAUGGGCUUACCUCAAGUCCCUACUUCAGGCAAAUCCAAAUUCUCUUUGUUCUAAUACUUUAGAAUUAAUGUCUAGGUUCUAGUCUAAAGGUAUCGGACCUGUAGACAGUACAAUUUCGAGGGAGCGCUAACAUUCACGAAUCGACAAAUGUGGAAUGUCAGGCAAAAAGUAGAUAUAAACAUCUACAUUGGAACAUUCUUUUCACAUGGGAAAUUACAGGUCAUCUAAUACUUUUCUGAGUUCCAUAGGUAGGAUAUUGCAGUAAGAACCUUGUGAUUUGUUUAAAUUUAAUCCCUAUAGAUCGGCAUUGGCUUUGGAAGGUUGUGACGAUUACAUGGUGUCUACCAAUCUACGGGGCUACCACAACUACUAUCUGCAAAAAAAAGCGGCAUCUUCGGCUCUUUCAAAUUUGCAACAAGAUUACUCCAAAUUGUGCCGAUAGGCCCCAAAUUUAUUCUCCGUUCCUAAGAUUUCAAAAUAUGAAUAAAGUUUGUAUCAUUCGCACGUUGAAAGUUAUCCUAGGUAAUCCAACAUGGCGCCAUUUUCAUAUGUGCCCCAGAUUCGUAAUGGCCGAUAAGCCUGAAGCCAUGUUAGAUUUUAAUCGGGAAAGUGCUUUUAAUAGGUUCGUUCUGUUAGUAUUACGGCUACGUAUUGUUCGUGAUAUUUCUGAAAGGCUGUAAUGCUCUAAACCGUUUGAACUAUAAGAACUAUUCUUCUACACGCUUCAGCAAGGCCGGAUUUAGAGUGCCACAGCAAAAUGAAUUUGUGUCAAAAAAGGGGAACGGUGUACAACAUUAGGUAGCUAAGAAACAUACCUAGUCAUUAGUCAAUCAAUUGAUAAAUGAUCAUGCUCCUAGUCUUUUCUAAACGGAAGCUGCUGAGUGUUUGUUUGUGUUUUACCUACAUAUAGAAAUUGUCUGUCUGAUCUGCAAUCAAGUCUUCGUUACGGCGGCUCUUGGUACUCUCUGCUCUCUGACAACUCGUAACCUCUACACCAUCAAAGAUGUUUAACGCAAUUUAGCGUGCCUUCUGAAACAGAAAGAAACUUGACAUGCCAUACAUGGUCAUCCACCUAGGUCCUCCUGAGUUCGAUCGACCGUGCAUCUUUUGCUUAGCAACGUACUCCUCGAUCGAGGAUACCUAUUCAUCAAUGAUACCUAUGAACUUUGUAUAAUUACAUGCUUUUAAUAACUUUCACCUUGUUCCGUUACCUGUAAUCAAAUCUUGCAAGUUAAAUUUGACCCACUUCCUCGAUUCCCAUUGAGCUUCAAUUUUGUAUGAGCGCCUACAUAUGUAAUAUGUAGAUGUAUGUAAUAUGUUGUAUGACAAUGCAAUAUUAUGAUAAGAUGGAGCUGAUCUGAUGAUCUUGGGCUGGAAAAUGACUCGUUUUUUACGUCCUGAGAGGUAGCUACCUACUUUAAUUCCAAGCUAAAAUAAGCUUAAGGCAAGCUAAAAUAAUUGUUUUAAGCAAGCCUUUUGAACAUGUUCAAGUUUCGAAUAUAGAAAGAAAAAUACUAAGUACCAGUGCUGUUGCUGAUAAAUUCUUGAUCGGAGAAAAAAAGCUAGUAAAACUACUUAGCUAGUAUAUUCUAGGACCUUUUCUACGUUUAUUUUAUACAUAAUUUAUACUUAAAAAUUAAAUUUAUUUUGCCAUUGUUAAACAAAACUUCAUUUUACUUAAACUUAUUUACGUCACCAACACACCCUCCACUUUCGCGCGCUUUUCUUCCUUUAAACGUCAAUAUUUACAUGAAUCUCAUAAUAACUUUU